AUGGAACACUUCAUUUUAUGGUCCCGUUACGCCAUAACCCUACUCUGCCGAAGCCGAACACUUGGGAGAGCAAUAGUGAUUCCCAGCGCUGCGCCCCGGGGGCGCCUGGCCUCAAGCCUACCGGCCCGUCCGAGGGACACCCGGCCUGCAAGGGGCAGUCAAGGUUCCCUGAGGGCGCCGGGAAAUUCAGUGCUCUUCACACGCUACGGACAAGAAUCAGGCAGGGUAGAAAAAAGGCGAAUUUCUUCCCCAGAGUCCUGGUCCCGUUACGCCACUGGCUUGGCCUCAGAGCCUUCACGAAUAUGGCUUUGCGCACUGCGGCGAGGCUGCGCCGCAACCAAACUUGCCCGGUGCCUCUUCCCCGCCUCCCUGCGCGGAUUGGUGGCAGGCGGCACCCAGACUACUGAUUGGGUAGUGAAGGAGCCAUUCGGGACGGCUCUGAAGGAAUCCGACAGAUCUGGCUUGUUGCAGUUGGGGGCCGUCCCGUGCGGAGCCGAGCCUGGGGUCGGGGCGGGCCGAGGCGCGGGUGUGCUGCGACGGCAGGGAGCGUGGCGGGGCAGCGCGCGCCGCGACGGGGAGGGACGCGGGCCGGCGGAGAAGGCCCGGCCGUUGGCGCUGGACCAGCCGAGGCACAGGAGUCCCGGGGCCUGGCCUCCCUAUGGGGAGGUAUGUGGAGCCUCUGUGUCGGCCGGGAGCGAAGGGCCCUCCCAGCGGGCCCCGCCUGGGACGGGAGAGGGAGAACAAGGACUUAGGCCCUUCCGUCCGGAGGCAAGGGAACGGAGAGGCGUCUGUCAGUCCCUUGGGGGUUUACAGGGCGGGAGGGAGCCGGCUUGGAGGCGGCUGGUGGGCAGGAGGCCGCCCUCCUGCCUGGAGAACAAAGAGCCGGGCGUGGGGGCGGCCUCCGCUCCCCCCCACCCCCGACCGAGGCUUGUUCCCGGCGGCUUCGCAGGAAGCCCUCGUCUUCGCCUGCUUAGUGCCAGCCACUGUCCACCCCGUCCCUCUCGCAACUUCGCGGAUGCCCUCCGUGCGGGGGAGUUUAAAGAAUGGACAGUGAAGAAGACUGCUAAGCAGUCUUCACCUAACUCUGAACCAGUCUCCGCCAAAGUGGAGAGUGCGAUUGCAGAAGGGGGUGCUUCUCGUUUCAGUGCUUCUUCGGGCGGAGGAGGAAGUAGGGGUGCACCUCAGCACUAUCCCAAGACUGCUGGCAACAGCGAGUUCCUGGGGAAAACCCCAGGGCAAAACGCUCAGAAAUGGAUUCCUGCACGAAGCACUAGACGAGAUGACAACUCCGCAGCAAACAACUCCGCAAAUGAAAAAGAACGACAUGAUGCAAUCUUCAGGAAAGUAAGAGGCAUACUAAAUAAGCUUACUCCUGAAAAGUUUGACAAGCUAUGCCUUGAGCUCCUCAAUGUGGGUGUAGAGUCUAAACUCAUCCUUAAAGGGGUCAUACUGCUGAUUGUGGACAAAGCCCUAGAAGAGCCAAAGUAUAGCUCAUUGUAUGCUCAGCUAUGUCUGCGGUUGGCAGAAGAUGCACCAAACUUUGAUGGCCCAGCAGCAGAGGGUCAGCCAGGACAGAAGCAAAGCACAACAUUCAGACGCCUCCUAAUUUCCAAAUUACAAGAUGAAUUUGAAAAUCGAACCAGAAAUGUUGAUGUCUAUGAUAAGCGUGAAAAUCCCCUCCUCCCUGAGGAGGAGGAACAGAGAGCUAUUGCUAAGAUCAAGAUGUUGGGGAACAUCAAAUUCAUUGGAGAACUUGGAAAGCUUGAUCUUAUUCAUGAAUCUAUCCUUCAUAAGUGCAUCAAAACACUUUUGGAAAAGAAGAAGAGAGUCCAACUCAAAGAUAUGGGAGAGGAUUUGGAGUGCCUCUGUCAGAUAAUGAGGACAGUGGGACCUAGAUUAGACCAUGAACGAGCCAAGUCCUUAAUGGAUCAGUACUUUGCCCGAAUGUGUUCCUUGAUGUUAAGUAAGGAAUUGCCAGCGAGGAUUCGUUUCCUGCUGCAGGACACCGUAGAGUUGCGAGAACACCACUGGGUUCCUCGCAAGGCUUUUCUUGACAAUGGACCAAAGACGAUCAAUCAAAUCCGUCAAGAUGCAGUAAAAGAUUUAGGGGUGUUUAUUCCUGCUCCUAUGGCUCAAGGGAUGAGAAGUGACUUCUUUCUGGAGGGGCCGUUCAUGCCGCCCAGGAUGAAAAUGGAUAGGGACCCACUUGGAGGACUUGCUGAUAUGUUUGGACAAAUGCCAGGUAGCGGAAUUGGUACUGGUCCAGGAGUUAUCCAGGAUAGAUUUUCACCCACCAUGGGGCGUCAUCGUUCAAAUCAACUCUUCAAUGGCCACGGGGGACACAUUAUGCCUCCCACCCAGUCGCAGUUUGGAGAGAUGGGAGGCAAGUUUAUGAAAAGCCAGAUUAGCCUGAGGCCUGCUCAGUCAUUCCUAAUGAAUAAAAAUCAAGUGCCAAAGCUUCAGCCCCAGAUAACUAUGAUUCCUCCUAGUGCACAACCACCACGCACUCAAACACCACCUCUGGGACAGACACCUCAGCUCGGUCUCAAAACUAAUCCACCACUUAUCCAGGAAAAGCCUGCCAAGACUAGUAAAAAGCCACCACCAUCAAAGGAAGAACUACUUAAACUAACUGAAACUGUUGUGACAGAAUAUCUGAAUAGUGGAAACACAAAUGAAGCUGUCAAUGGUGUGAGAGAAAUGAGGGCUCCUAAACAUUUUCUUCCUGAGAUGUUAAGCAAAGUAAUCAUCCUGUCACUGGAUAGAAGCGAUGAAGAUAAAGAAAAAGCAAGUUCUUUGAUCAGUUUACUCAAGCAGGAAGGGAUAGCCACAAGUGACAACUUCAUGCAGGCUUUCCUGAAUGUACUGGACCAGUGCCCUAAACUAGAGGUUGACAUCCCCUUGGUGAAAUCAUACUUAGCACAGUUUGCAGCUCGUGCCAUCAUUUCAGAGCUGGUGAGCAUUUCAGAACUAGCUCAACCACUGGAAAGUGGCACCCAUUUUCCUCUCUUCUUACUUUGUCUUCAGCAAUUAGCUAAGUUACAAGAUCGAGAAUGGUUAACCGAACUUUUUCAACAAAGCAAGGUCAAUAUGCAGAAAAUGCUCCCAGAAAUUGAUCAGAAUAAGGACCGCAUGUUGGAGAUUUUGGAAGGAAAGGGACUGAGUUUCUUAUUCCCACUUCUCAAAUUGGAGAAGGAACUGUUGAAGCAAAUAAAGUUGGAUCCAUCCCCUCAAACCAUAUAUAAAUGGAUUAAAGAUAACAUCUCUCCCAAACUUCAUGUAGAUAAAGGAUUUGUGAACAUCUUAAUGACUAGCUUCUUACAGUAUAUUUCUAGUGAAGUAAACCCACCCAGUGAUGAAACAGAUUCUUCCUCUGCUCCUUCCAAAGAACAGUUAGAGCAAGAGAAACAACUGCUGCUUUCUUUCAAGCCAGUAAUGCAGAAAUUCCUUCAUGAUCACGUUGAUCUGCAAGUCAGUGCCCUAUAUGCCCUUCAGGUGCACUGCUACAACAGCAACUUCCCAAAAGGCAUGUUACUCCGUUUUUUUGUUCACUUCUAUGACAUGGAAAUUAUUGAAGAAGAAGCCUUCUUGGCUUGGAAAGAAGAUAUAACCCAAGAGUUUCCGGGGAAAGGCAAGGCUUUGUUCCAGGUGAAUCAGUGGUUAACCUGGCUAGAAACUGCUGAAGAAGAAGAAUCAGAGGAAGAAGCUGACUAAAGAACCAGCCAAAGCCUUAAAUUGUGCAAAACAUACUGUUGCUAUGAUGUAACUGCAUUUGACCUAACCACUGCGAAAAUUCAUUCCGCUGUAAUGUUUUCACAAUAUUUAAAGCAGAAGCACGUCAGUUAGGAUUUCCUUCUGCGUAAGGUUUUUUUGUAGUGUAUGUCUUAAUCAUAGUCUACCAUCAAAUAUUUUAGGAGUAUCUUUAAUGUUUAGAUAGUAUAUUAGCAGCAUGCAAUAAUUACAUCAUAAGUUCUCAAGCAGAGGCAGUCUAUUGCAAGGACCUUCUUUGCUGCCAGUUAUCAUAGGCUGUUUUAAGUUAGAAAACUGAAUAGCAACACUGAAUACUGUAGAAAUGCACUUUGCUCAGUAAUACUUGAGUUGUUGCAAUAUUUGAUUAUCCAUUUGGUUGUUACAGAAAAAUUCUUAACUGUAAUUGAUGGUUGUUGCCGUAAUAGUAUAUUGCCUGUAUUUCUACCUCUAGUAAUGGGCUUUAUGUGCUAGAUUUUAAUAUCCUUGAGCCUGGGCAAGUGCACAAGUCUUUUUAAAAGAAACAUGGUUUACUUGCACAAAACUGAUCAGUUUUGAGAGAUCGUUAAUGCCCUUGAAGUGGUUUUUGUGGGUGUGAAACAAAUGGUGAGAAUUUGAAUUGGUCCCUCUUAUUAUAGUAUUGAAAUUAAGUCUACUUAAUUUAUCAAGUCAUGUUCAUGCCCUGAUUUUAUAUACUUGUAUCUAUCAAUAAACAUUGUGAUACUUGA